AUGUAAAUUAAAAAAAUUUAAGAAAUCAAUUGCUAGUGUUGUGUGUAUAGAAACAAUAUCAAAUUAUUAUUCAAGGGGGAAAAAGGUUUAUUAAGAAAAGUGGUUAUUUCCUUAUAUGAGAGAUAUCCAGCUCAAGCUGCACCAAUCAUUUAACAACCAAUUAAACUCAAAUAGCCUACUUUAGAAUAGAUGUUUUCCCGCCAAAAAUAGGCAAAAGAAGAAACUAAAGAGGUUAUUGAUAAAAAACCUCUCGAAAUGGAAGUUUAUAUAAAAGUCUUCUGUAAUGGAGAGGAAUUACUUUGCUUCAACUUAGACGAAAGCAUAAAUUUAUCUAAAUCUGAAGUGAGAUAAUAAACACUAAAUUUAUAAUUUGCAGAUAAAAUUCUCUCUCUUUAUGAAUGUCCUAAUGAAAUACUGGAAUAAUUUAGAUCUGUAUUGAUUUGUAUCUAUAGAUUACAUUAUCCUUAGAAUUAUAAAAUGAUAAAAAAUAACUAAUUAAUCACCGAAAGAACUCUCAACAUCUCCCAACAAAAGAGGUGUAGCAAUCACAACCUGAAAUCCCACCUAAAGAUACACAAGAGAAAAGAGAAUUAAAUGUAAUCUAAAGGCUGAAAUUACAGAGGAAAUUAUUAGCUUCCUAAUAAUAAUAAUUAUAAUAAUAAUAAUAAAGCGAAUAGAUCUAAAAGUAAAUAAUCAAGACUAAGUCAUAAGAACCUGCUAUUCCAAUUAAAUAAUUAAAUAUAAAAUUCUAGUUACCCUUAUUCAUUUGGACCCAAAUAUUGUCAUAUAUAGGUUCUCUGUAAUUAAUGGGAUUGAGAUUGAUAAACAAACAGUUUGAAUAAUCGAUUAAUAACUUAAUUCAUAAAUUAUCAUAUAAACAUGUUGGAGAAAUUCCAUAUGAAAUUCUGUGCAGUUCACUGAUCAAAUUUUCAAAGUUGAAACACUUAAGUUUUGGAUCCUUGAAGAAUAUCAAACCUACUCAAUUACAAGAUGUCAGAAUUACUUCAAUCUCACUACUACAAACUUUAGACUUUAAAGAUUAUCAUGCUUUGACUGAUAAAUUGUGUUCUAAAUUUAUUUUGCAAUGUGUCAACUUAAAAACAUUAGUGUUACCUUACAACUCUAAAAUUACAAGUGAUACUAUUACAUUAAUUUCUUAAAAACUCACCAAUCUCGAAAGACUAAAGUUAGUAGAAAAGGAUAAGGGUCAAUUAAAUGAAGAAAUUGCUUUUACAUCAUAUUUAUCAAUCUUUUAAUUAAAAUAACUUCAUUACAUUAGAAUUCCCUUUUUACAAAUAGAUUUCUUUUUGAAAUAUUGUUAAUUGAACGAAACUAAUCCAUUUAAUUCCAUAAGGUAGAAAAUUAAAAUUGGAACAAUCAUAUUUUCUAUUUUAAACUCAAAUCAAAUAACUCAAUUUCUUAAUUUUCUUUAAAUCAAUAAUGAAAUCACUAAGUUAUGCAUAGGGGAAUUAUAAAUGAAAAAUUUAACACCCUUAAAGCAUACUGUUUUAUUUGAUGAGAGAAUCUUUUAACAAUUGAAAGGUAAUUAAUAAUAUUAUAUACAAAGGGAUUUUUAAAUUCAGUUUUGGAGGAUUUGUUGAUGAUGAGUACUGCAGAUAACUUUGUACCCAUAAUCCAGAUAUUAAGUAGCUUAAAAUUAGAUCAAAAAUGAUUACAGAUGAUGGCUUAAAAGUAAUUUAAUCUAUAAAUUCUAGAAUAUCUUCUUAAAAUGUAAAUCAAUCGAAAAAAUUGAUGUAGCAUUUUGUUCUAUGAUUUGCGGUACAGGAUUUGAAUAUCUGACUGAUAAAUCACUUACUCUAGAGUAUCCAAAAAUAUUUAUAGCUGUAUCUCUGGAUGAUUAUAAUAUGCAAUGUUUGGAAGAGUUAUUACAAAGAAAAUCGUAUGAUUGCAAACCUACUCUCAGAAAAAAGUUAAAGAAGUUUUGA